GGGGGCGGAGCUGGAGCCGAGUGGGGGAUGGGUCCGUCGGGUCCGUCUUCUUUCCCCCGCCGUGUCCCCUUUUCUCAGCUCGGCGCAGACGCCGCCAUGUUGGCUUGAAGGGAAGAUGACAAGCGGCGGCUGCGGGAGUCGUAGCGGCGAAAGAGGCGGCAGGAGCCGUCGAAGGCAACCGGGGAAGGGCUUGUGCUGAAGGGGAUCCCUUUUCCUUUCCUCCUUCUCCUCUUGAGGGGGAACAGCAAGGCGCAGAGACUCACUCGGCGGUGAGGGGGGAAAAGGAGGAACCGGAGGGGAAAGGAGCCGCAGCAGCGAUGAAGAGAGAGACCUGAGGAAACAGAGCGGGGCCUGGCCUGUCUCUGCUGCUCGAGCCCUCUGCGGUUUAAAUCCCCCCUUGAGCUGCGGCUGCUGCAGUUUGAGGGGGGAAGGUGUUGCUUCUUCUGCUGUCCUAGGCCCUUUGCUCCAUUUCAGUCUCCUCUUUUCCCUCUCUCCUUGGUCCAAGUGUCCCUUUAGGCUCAGUGUUAUAAAACCAUCCAGGAAAGAACCUCGGCACGUCUGGACUGCCACAAAAGAAUAACAACAAAGCCUCCCCUCACCCAAACAAGACCAACUUCGGCUUCAAAGGAAAGAAGGAGGAAGAGGAGGAGGAGGUCUGCUUGGGUUGCUCGCCUUUCCUUUUUAAUGAGGGGGUGACUCGGGCGCAGAACUAUCCUCUGAAUCAUCUCCGUCAUUCAUUAUUGGUCAAGGCUGGGGAGGAAGCAGCCGCACAUCCUUCAUGUCCUGCUCUAUUCCUGGCUGGUCUACCUGGCAUCAAGGUGUUGGUGCCGAAGAGGGUCUUCAGCUGCCGACUCUGUGUUGAACCUCAUUGGAUUUUGGUCUCUACCCAGUCCACAGCUGUUUUUGGAAACAAAAAUCUCAGAACUGAACCAAGAGGUUGUUGGUUAAACCCGAAGAUAUUUUUUGCUGUAAAAGUGGCUGGCUUUUAAAAAAACAAAACAAAAGUUUUUUGUGUGUGUGUGGGAAAUCGUCAAAGGGAAUAUCAAGAUGUCUGGCAGUGUUCCAUCUGAUAUGAUAAAUUUGCGCCUCAUUUUGGUAAGUGGAAAAACAAAAGAGUUCUUGUUCUCACCAAAUGAUUCGGCAGCAGACAUUGCGAAGCAUGUAUAUGAUAACUGGCCAAUGGACUGGGAAGAAGAGCAAGUGAGUAGUCCAAAUAUUCUGAGACUUAUUUAUCAAGGACGGUUUCUUCAUGGCAAUGUAACACUAGGAGCAUUAAAACUCCCUUUUGGCAAGACCACGGUGAUGCAUUUAGUGGCUAGAGAGACGUUGCCAGAGCCAAACUCCCAAGGUCAGAGAAAUCGUGAAAAAACUGGAGAGAGCAAUUGCUGUGUGAUCCUGUAAAUGCUCUGCUGUAACCGCUACUUGUGAUGUAGAAUAGUUUUUGUCUUUCAUGCCGCUGGACUAGAGGAGACCAACAUUGCUUCAAACAUCAUUAGGAACAGUCUACCUGUGAAUCCAUUGAACUGAAAUAUUACAUGAACACUGUCACAUUUUUUUCCUAGAACAAUGAACACUUUUUUUUUACCUUUUUACUUUUUAGGUUGUUGAACAAGCUUAUUAAUACAUCACUUCAAUGCAUUGUGUCUCUAAGAAAAAUUAACUAUUCUCUUCAACAGGAAUCAUUUUGCUGCCAUAAAAUCACUCUUAAUCUGAACUUUAAUCAGUCAAGAUUUCUAGAUGCAAUUUGCACUAAAAUGGUUGGCAAGACAUAGACCUCAUCUACAAAAGUUCUUAAGAAUUUGAAACACAGAGAAAAUGAACCAGCACUGGAAAAUACUAUCAGCAGUCUUGUUUUCUUGAAUUCAGUGAUGGCCAACUGAAACGCAGAAAAAUAACUACUAAAAUAAUUCUACCUAAGUCAGCCUUGAUGGCCAAACUGGCACAAAUACUAACUAAAAUUGUCUGACUAUAGACAUAUAUAAAUAUAUAUAUUUUCACUGCAACAAACGAUGUGCCUGUAAUUUUAAAGCACUCUGUAGAGGGCUGUUGUAACUGAUUUUUUUUUUCAUUGAUAUGCACUCUUCUCUUGUACAUUAGUUGAGUGCUUGUUCAGACAGCACAAAUAAGUGCAGAGAGUGCAUUUCCUAGCCUUAAUAUGGGAGGGGUAAUUUCCUGUAGUUCAUAGGCUUUUAUUAAUGUGCAUAAAUAUUAGAAGACCUCAUUUACUAAUCAGUUUUAUGUCUUUAAUAUCAACGGUUGAUGUUUUCAAUCAUUCUUAUUCCAUCUGUACCUUAGUGUCCAGAGUCAUGCUUACUCAUUAGUGACUUCAAAGGAAAUGAUGAAAUGAAAAAAAGGAGAAAAAAGUAGAAAAACCUCUGCCAUAUGCUGACUUUUGUUUGUUUAUGUUAUCUGCAUUUGGUAUUAGUGCUUGCAAUUGUAUUGGGAGUCAAAAGCUGUUUUUUUAAACAAAGCAUACAUAGUUACAAAGGAUGCCAUUCUUUUAUUUCAUAGAAUUUUAAGAAUUGAUAUGCUAAAAAAUUGCACAGCACUAAAGCAUGAGUUAGUUUCAUCUAAACCUGUAAAAAUAUAAAAGAUUUUAUAUUUUUUUCCACUAGGGAGAAAUUCUUCCUAGUUGAAAUUACAAAUCUGUAGAAUAUAUUUAAUAAAAAUCUUAUAAAAACAUGGUUAUAGAACUUAAAUAUAGAUUGGCGUGUAGAAUAAUAUGACAAUAAUCCAUAUAAAUAGCUCUAGGCUUUUAAAAAUGCAGGUUGACAUUGUGUUCUGUACUUGAGUCCACGGCCCUUACAAACGUGUUUUUUGAAUGAUCAACUUCAUUUAAAUGUAAUCAGGUUAUUUUAUUCAAUGUUAUUGCUUUGACAAAAUGCUUUAUAUGCAGUAGGUCUACAAAGAUAUUGUUCAUAAUGAUCAAAAUUAAAUUUGUAUAGAGCAGAGUUUUAAAACAAAUUGUAAAUAGCACUAAACAUUUUCUUUCUGCAACCUGUACUGAUAGAUUCUUCUGUAAACUAAAUAAAAGAAGAAUACUGUA